GGGAGGGCAGGGCGGGGGCUCAGCCCACAGCCUUGGGGUGGGAAUCCAGGGCAGGGUGAGUGGCCGAGGCGUGGAGAGGGGAGGAUGCGCCUCUCCAAAACACUCGUCGACAUGGACAUGGCCGACUACAGUGCCGCACUGGACCCAGCCUACACCACCCUGGAAUUUGAGAAUGUGCAGGUGUUGACAAUGGGCAAUGACACAUCUCCAUCAGAAGGCGCCAACCUCAACACGCCCAGCAGCCUGGGUGUCAGUGCCCUGUGUGCCAUCUGCGGGGACCGGGCCACAGGGAAACACUACGGUGCCUCCAGCUGUGAUGGCUGCAAGGGCUUCUUCCGGAGGAGUGUGAGGAAGAACCACAUGUACUCUUGCAGAUUCAGCCGGCAGUGUGUGGUGGACAAAGACAAGAGGAACCAGUGCCGCUACUGCAGGCUGAAGAAGUGCUUCCGGGCUGGCAUGAAGAAGGAAGCGGUCCAGAACGAGCGGGACCGGAUCAGCACCCGCAGGUCCAGCUACGAGGACAGCAGCCUGCCCUCUAUCAACGCCCUACUGCAGGCAGAGGUCCUGUCCCAGCAGAUCACCUCUCCCGUGUCUGGGAUCAACGGAGACAUCCGGGCGAAGAAGAUCGCCAGCAUCGCGGAUGUGUGUGAGUCCAUGAAGGAGCAGCUUCUGGUACUGGUGGAGUGGGCCAAGUACAUCCCGGCUUUCUGUGAGCUGCCUCUGGAUGACCAGGUGGCCCUGCUCAGAGCCCAUGCUGGUGAACACCUGCUGCUUGGAACCACCAAGAGAUCAAUGGUGUUCAAGGACGUGCUGCUUCUAGGCAACGACUACAUCGUGCCCCGGCACUGCCCGGAGCUGGCUGAGAUGAGCCGUGUGUCCAUGCGCAUCCUGGACGAGCUGGUGCUGCCCUUCCAGGAGCUGCAGAUCGACGACAACGAGUACGCCUGCCUCAAAGCCAUCAUCUUCUUUGACCCAGAUGCCAAGGGGCUGAGCGACCCAGGCAAGAUCAAGCGGCUGCGUUCCCAGGUGCAGGUGAGCCUGGAGGACUACAUCAAUGACCGUCAGUAUGACUCUCGUGGCCGCUUCGGCGAGCUGCUGCUGCUGCUGCCCACCCUGCAGAGCAUCACCUGGCAGAUGAUCGAGCAAAUCCAGUUCAUCAAGCUCUUUGGCAUGGCCAAAAUCGACAACCUACUUCAGGAGAUGCUGCUGGGAGGUCCGUGCCAGGCCCAGGAGGGGCUGAGAGGGUCCUCCACUGAAGCACCUCAUGCCCAUCACCCCCUGCACCCUCACCUGAUGCAGGAGCACAUGGGCACCAAUGUCAUUGUUGCCAACACAAUGCCCACUCACCUCAGCAAUGGACAGAUGUGUGAGUGGCCCCGGCCCAGGGGACAGACAGCCACCCCUGAGACACCACAGCCCUCACCACCAGGUGGCUCCGGGUCUGAACCCUAUAAGCUUCUGCCAGGAGCCAUCACCACAAUUGUCAAGCCCCCUUCUGCCAUCCCUCAGCCAACCAUCACCAAGCAGGAAGUCAUCUAGCAAGCUGCUGGGGGUCGGAGGCUCCACAGGUCCCCCACCCCCCUCAGAGAGCUCCUGGCAUGGAUCCCAGUGAAGGAAGCUGUGACAACAUGGCAGAGUGCCAAGUGUGAAGGGCUCUAGAACUUGGGCUGAGGCCCACAUGGCAUGGGCACCGUUCACCCCUUCUCUGAAUGGCCAGACUUGGACUCACAAAGACCCCAGCUGAAACAUUCUCUACUGUCUUGGAGAACUUAUUUCUUGCUGAAGCCACUGUCUUCCCCUUCAUCCACAUCUAUUCCCAGCUUCUUCACCCCCAUAGGACUGCUGUUUGGAGAUGACAUGGGACCUUGCUUGAACCUAACUUCCUUCUCACUCAGACUGGUACUUCUCCUUUGCUAUUUCCAUGUGUCCAGACAGGAAGCUUUUAACCCUGGUUCAGAUCACAGCACCUUAUCCUUCCUCUGCCACCCUGUUCAGAUGCCCCAACCCCCAACACUGCUCUCCACCUGCCCCUGCCACCUUCCUCAGCCAGUCUAGUGACACCAAAGCUUUGCUUCAGAGGCCGAGGAAGACUUAGAAACAGUUCCCUCAUCUUUCUGGGAACAUUUUAAAAACACUGACAGGGGGAGGACCCAUGCAGUAGACUGUUGAGAAGUAAAUUUCAACAUUCCUCCUCUGAUCCACAGUCUUUACUUCUUCAAGGACUUGGGUGGAUCUUUUGGAUCAGGUCAACGAUCCCUAUAAGUUCUCAAUGAAUAAAACAAGCUUAGGUGGACAACAGCCACAAGAACUUGGAUGGAGGCUGGAGUUGUUGGAGAAGGCAUUGGAAAGGGGCAGAUUCAGCAUGAGACCCUUUGAAGGGUCAGAUUCUGGCUAGCAGAGCAGAUAAGGAGUGGGGGAGAGUAUGAGGGAGAGAGAGUAAAAUACCAGGCUAUAUGGAGUAGAGUAUGUUGGACAGUGUAGAGGUCAUUAAUGACACCCAGGCCUUGGACUUGGGCUCCUAAACCAUUUAGUUACAGAAUCACGUGCAGAGAGCUGGGUUUGCAGAAGAUAAGUACUGCCACUCUAUCCUGUGCAAGAAGGCUGGGAGGGACAGGGAGGGAAGCAGGUGGGAGCUGAGGGCUCCAUCAAAAUGAGAGGCCUGAAGGCUGGGAAUGGAGAAGGAUGAGUGGAUCUUCAGAUCAGGGUGAGAUUAAGAAGGCAUGAUCUCCCAGGGCCUAAGCUCUUCCUUAGUCCUUGCACCGUCUUAAGGCACUUGACAUGCAUCAUCACCUCCCACCUUCCUUGCUGCCCAGGGAUCAUUCCAGAAGAUGAAAUUGAGCGGUUAAAUGACUUUUCUGGAACUCACACUGAUUCUAAGUAGUUGGGCCAUGACUUGAUCCCAGGUCUGUCUGGAUCAGAGCCGGAGCUCUUUGUCAUGGUGCAGAACAUCUCUGCAAGGGCCCUUUUUGUUCUCACUGUGGAUGACUUGAGAGACUGACCACCUGCUCUACUGGUAGCAGAAAGCAAAGCCUCUUUUAGUCUGAGAGCCCUGGCCAUAGCUGAAACUAAGACUGACUAGUUAGUGUCUAAUGUCCAGUUAGUGUCCAGAGUCGUGUUUGCUGAAAAGUCAGCAGUUAAAACUCUUGGACCCUUUUUCUCUUUUUUCUCCUCAAGUCUGAAAUAAGGGUGUCAGGGAGGUCUGGUACUGAGGAGAGAGGCCAAUAUGACUUGUUAUUCUGGGAACGGGAUGUUUUGUGGGGUAAUUAGGGGGAGGGUAAGAAAGCUCUUCUGGGGACCACCAUUCAAGGCACAGUCUCAAAACAUCCAAUCCUAGGAUGCAGCAUUGAGGACCUCACCCAACUAGUUAGAAUCUUGGAACCUUUGAGGAAAAUUCUGGAGAAAUGCCACUAAAGAAUAGGAAUGAUAAGGAUAUGUCCUGGGACAGAAACUGUGUUUAGGUAAGAGAGUGAGCCUUCAGACAAGCCUUCAGACAAGCUACCAACCUGCGUGGAUAGAGAUAGUACUCCAGUGCCAUGAAUCACACCACAAGUAAUUUACCUUUUUUUUUUUUUUUUUUUUUUGAAAAAAAGCAAUGGAAGGUCUAAGGGCAGUGUGUCGAAGAGAAAACUCUGCCUCUCCAGUGUUGUCUGGACUGAACUUGUGCGCGCCACCAAGUCAAGUCCCCCUUCCCAGGAAAGACAUGCACUCUCAUGUCUCCCUCAGUCACCCCUCAUCUGGAUUUCCUAGAAAUCCCAGACAGGUGUUCACACUUUUUGAGGGCAAGGGAAGAGAACUGGAAUCUUCCUGAUCAUCUUGGUCUCAGUCACUCCUACUUGCUGCUCCUCUAAGACCCCCCAAACCCAAAGCUGCUUAGCCCUCUGUCAUGGGGACAAAUUUGAAAUAAGAAUUGUCCAUGCAAUAGAGUGACUUUUAAUGGUACCCCAAUUUAGUGGGGGUAGGUGGUAAAUCCUCUGUCCCCAUCCAAUCUCUCCUGUAAGAUAAAUUCAAGCCAUAUUAAUAUUUUUAUUGCAAGAAAUACAAAACAAGGGGUUUGCUUUCUGACGCUAAGCUAGGAUACUACAUUGGGAUUUUACCCCCACUGAAUUGUGAUUCUAAGAUAGAAAAUAUGAUGGACCAAAACAUAAAUGAAUACAUACAUACAUAAUAAAUAAAAAUGGAGGGUGACCCUGGGCCACAUAAUUCUUCCACUGAGACAAACAUAUCUGUAAGCAGCUCUCAAAAACUUCCAGAACCCACAUGACUCUUCUGAGAAUGAAGUGAGGAGAGGGUUAGAAACAUGAUCCUACAUUACUUGUGACAAAGUCAACUGCUUUUGCCAAAUUGCUCUGUGAUUUGCCCUGAGUGGGAUGAAUUGUGAAAUUCACAUCAAGCAUUUUCAGAAACCCGUUGUAGGACACCAGGCGGAUCAGCACCUUCAUCUGGUUGUGAACGUCAUUCUAGCCUAUGUUGAGCCCUAAACCCCUGUCACUGCUACUCAAUAGGGCAAAGGAGAAAACAAAACAAAAAAACAUUUCUUACUCUUGUGCAUUUUAUCAGAAGUUUAUGAAACAAAAUAAAUGGCACGUAUAUUUUCUAAA